AUGGCACAUGCAGAUGGUUUGGGAGAGCUGAAACCAUCCUACUCGUACGGAAUGGGCAGCUCACUAGCACUAGCUGGGGUGAGGGUGGUGGUGGGGAUUCCAGGUAGGCAAGCCGAGGCAAUGGAAGGCAGGUGAGUUGCAGUGGUGAGCGUGAGUGCAGCACUGCAGCACUCCAUUUUCAGGGAGGGUGCUUGGGUGGAGCGGAGCGGAGGAUGCAUUCUCUCCCAGGAAACGACGACUGGCGAUCUUUGA